AUCUGAUGAGUGUUCAUUUCUGGGUCAGUGAGCAGCAUGCAGUGCUGCCUCUCUGAACAGCGAACAGAGAAGAGCAAACAUUGCUUUCAGACACAAACUAACUGCACACAAACCCAGCAACCCUUCCCUCCUGAGGCUGUGGGGCCCUCGGGUCUCGCGGGCGAUCUGUGUGCCCUCGCAGAGCUGCGGCGCUGGGAUUAUUUCUGACCAGUCGGAGAAAUCCACCUGAAAGUGAGCAUGAGAUCGCCGUACUUCCCGGCGAGGUCGGUGCUCUUCCACAAGGAGCCCAGCGGAGUGACAUACAGAGUCCCGGCUCUGCUGUACCUCAGCCGCUUCAGGGCAUUUCUGGCCUUCUGUGAGGAGAGGCUGACCCCGUCUGACUCUCAGGCUCACCUGCUCGUGAUGAGGAAAGGCACCUUCUACAGAAACUAUGUGGAGUGGAAGGACAUGUGUGUUCUGGGCACGGCCUUCCUGCCCGGUCACAGGUCCAUGAACCCCUGUCCGGUGUACGACGAGUUCACCGGAGUCCUCUUCCUGUUCUUCAUCGCCGUUCUUGGCCACACCUCGGAGUCCUACCAGCUUGUCACCGGGGACAACGUGACCAGACUCUGCUACAUCUCCAGCGCUGAUGGAGGCGACACCUGGAGCCCGGCCACAGACCUCACCGAGACCGUCAUAGGAGGCACUAUCAAAGACUGGGCCACCUUCGCUCUGGGCCCGGGUCACGGCAUCCAGCUGAAGUCGGGCCGCCUGCUGAUCCCCGCCUACGCCUACCACAUCGACUGCAGGGAGUGCUUCGGCCAGCUCUGCCUGACCACCCCGCGCGCCUUCUGCUUCCACAGCGACACCCACGGGAGGAGCUGGCGCUUCGGCGAGCCCAUCCCGGCGCCGGAGAGCGUGGAGUGCCAGAUGGUGUCCGUGGACGAAGAGGACGGCUCCAACGUGCUGUACUGUAACGCCCGCAGCCCUCUGGGCUACAGGGUGCAGGCCCUCAGCCUGGAUGACGGCGCCGUGUUCCAGGAGGGGCAGCUGGUGCAGAGCCUGGUGGAGCCCAGAAAUGGUUGCCACGGAAGCGUGGUUGGGUUCCCCGCUCCGUUACGUCCCUGCGAAGCUCACGGCGGCCGCAGGGCCCCCUGCAGACACUGGACGUCCUUAACGGGCCACGCCGACGGCACCCGUCCCGCUCCCCGACCGGACUUCCUGACCCCCACCUGGGUGGUGUACUCCCACCCGACGUGGACCACCGCGCGCAGAGAUCUGGGCCUGUUCCUCAGCCCGUUCCCACGCGACCCGGACAGCUGGCGUGGCCCCUGGGUGAUCUACGAGGGCCCCAGCGCGUACUCGGACCUGGCCUACCUGGACCUGUCGCCGUCGCCGGAAGAGCCUCCGGCCGCGGCCUUCGCCUGCCUGUUUGAGUGCGGCACCAAGACGGCCUACGACGAGAUCUGCUUCAGCGUCUUCAGCCUCUACGAGCUGAUCAACAACCUGCCCGGAGCCGCGCGCAGGGCAGAGCGCGACGUGGGCGGAGAACCGCAGCCUGGACGCGCUGCGGGGGCCCAUCUGGUGGCUCCUGUGAAGAAGAAGAGGAGGAGGAAGCUGAUGAAGAUGUGCUCUGUUUCUUAAAUAUUUAAGAAACGGAGCAACUACA